AUGACGCGGUGGAAGGCGGAGUGGGAGGAGGCAAAGGUGAUGCCGAAGGGUAUGUGGACGGUGAUGUGGUCCCGCGGCGCCACCAUGUUUCGUGCACGGUUCCAGAAAGUCCUCGCCGACUUCAAACAGAAGAAGUCAUCAGGGCCCCCGCUGAUGAAAGUGCUGAGGCCGGCGGUGUGGUUCGGCACUGGUUGGGAGCCGGCCAAGCGCAAGCAGCAGCUCAGCGACAUCAUCAACCGCGCUUGCUUGUGCGCGGCGUUUGGGCCAGUCGCGGCAGAUGCCGUCCCCAAAACAAAUGGAGACGCCAAGCGCAUAGGCCAAGCCGUCGCCGCUUCAUCCUGCGCCGUGUGGUGCUUCGCCGAGACCGCGGCCGAGGUCGGCAAUGCGGCGGGUGAAGCGAAGGCAGCGGCACUGCUGUGUGAAGCGAGCACCGAUUUUGCUGACACUUGUCACGACGUCAUGGUUGCGGUGCUAGAAACGGCGGUUGCGAGACAACCCGUCCUGGGAGAGGUCUCGUGCAACGUCACCGACGCACUGCAGAAGGAUGCUCUUCGGAAGGCGUGCAAGGGCUGUGACCCCACACCCGACGCCGAGAUUAUCGCGAGGGCGACUAUCGAGACCCUCGCUUUCUGGGGGUCGUGCAACGCCGGCGGCCCCCUCCUCCGAGCACGCGGCAUUCAAGUGCCGCUGGACAAGCAGAUGGAGAAGGAUAUGGAUAACAGGGGAAAGAAGGGGCAGAAGGGGAAGCACGCCGCGUAG